UAAGAUUUAAAAAUUUUGCCAGACUGCUGCACAGGAUUAUGAAACCUUCAAGUGAAUGUAUAACAAAAAGCUGAAGGAAAAUGGAUUAAUGUAAUUUAUCAGAAUGGUAGGAAGUAUCUCAUCUGCCUGAUAGAAAGCGCCAUCCAAGCUUAACAGGCUUGUAUAGACAAGGGAGGGGAAAUUACUCUGUGUCAGGGGUCAUGACUGCUCCAACACAGGAAAUGAUAGAAAAAAAAAUAGCACUGAAAGCAGCUGCUCUCAGAACACAAUCAACUUAGUGAGACAGUGAGAUGAAGACUUUCAACAGAACGGAUGCAUUAGUUGAGCAUUUAUAGCCGUGUGGUUUGAGCAAUUGGUCUCCUGGUCAGAGCUUUAACAUGAACUUGCUUCCUCAAACUCACACAAAGGUCCUUGCUCUCAGAGGAGAGAUGUCACGCCGCGACCAACGCUGCAGGAGUCACUCAAGUGGCAGAAAAUGCUGUGAAUGCAGUGUCUCUCUGUCCCGCUGGUACUAUGAGAAAGAUGGACGUCUCUUCUGUAGGAAGGACUACUGGGCUAAGUUUGGGGAGUUGUGUCAUGGCUGUUCUGAGCCUAUCACCACUGGGCUCAUCAUGGUUGCAGGUGAGCAGAAGUAUCACCCGGAGUGUUUCACCUGCCUGAACUGCCGCACCUUCAUCGGAGAUGGAGACAACUACGCUCUGGUGGAGAGGUCCAAGCUCUACUGUGGACAUUGUUAUUAUGAGACCAUCGUGACCCCUGCGACCCUGCCUGAUUCUCCAUGCUCGCGAAUCCCUCACACAGUCACGCUGGUGUCUAUUCCAGCCUCCACAGAUGGAAAGCGUGGAUUCUCUCUUUCCAUCGAUCAGGGAAGCAGCCCAAACGGCUACAGUACUGACUACAAUCACACAGUCCGCGUGUCCCAGGUGGAUUCUGAGUGCAUCAGUCCAGAUGUGAAGAAUGCCAUACAUGUUGGUGACCGUAUCCUGGAGAUUAACGGCACCCCUAUCCGGAAUGUUCCAGUUGAUGAGAUUGAUUUGCUCAUCCAAGAGACCAGUCGACUCCUGCAGCUCACCAUCGAGCAUGACCCCCUUGACUCUGACAACCCCAGCAGCUCGUUUGAGGAUCAAGUGGACGGACCGAGCCCACUUCCUGAGAGACACAGCCCGGUUCCACCAAUCACACAGCCACCGAAUCACGACAUCAACAACCUGCGCUCCCGCAUGAUCACGCGUAGCUACAGUAUUGAUAAGUCACCAUGCUCCAGUAAUUCUGCGUCUCCCAUGUCUCUGAGGAAGGACAUUGGGCGCUCCGAGUCUCUCCGUGUCGUAACAAACCGCACGCACAGAAUCUUCCGGCCAUCUGAUCUCAUCCACGGAGAAGUGCUCGGAAAGGGCUGCUACGGUCAGGCUAUUAAGGUGACCCACAGGGAGACGGGUGAGGUGAUGGUCAUGAAGGAGCUCAUUCGCUUUGACGAUGAGACCCAGCGGACCUUCCUUAAGGAGGUAAAGGUAAUGAGAUGCCUGGACCACCCCAACGUCCUCAAGUUCAUCGGGGUCCUCUACAAAGACAAGCGGCUGAACUUCAUUGCCGAGUACAUCAAAGGAGGCACCCUGAGGGACAUCAUUAAGAAAAUGGACAGUAAUUAUCCCUGGAACCAGAGAGUGAGUUUUGCCAAGGAUAUUGCAUCUGGAAUGGCCUACCUACAUUCCAUGAACAUCAUCCACCGUGAUCUCAACUCUUACAACUGUUUGGUCAGAGAGAACAACAGUGUUGUGGUGGCAGACUUUGGUCUUGCUCGGCUAAUGGUAGAAGACAAGAACCAGGACAAACUGGGGAAGCUCCAGGGUGUGAAGAAACCAGACCGGAGGAAGAGAUACACGGUUGUGGGCAACCCUUACUGGAUGGCUCCAGAAAUGAUUCAUGGAAAGAGCUACGAUGAGAAGGUGGACAUCUUUUCCUUCGGCAUCAUGCUGUGCGAGAUUAUUGGGCGAGUCAAUGCAGAUCCAGACUACUUGCCACGAGCCAUAGACUUUGGCCUCAACGUGAACGGUUUCCUGGAGCACUAUUACCCUCCAGAUUGCCCCCGCUCUUUCUUCCCCUUGGCUGUCUUGUGCUGUGACCUGGAUCAUGAGAAACGGCCUGCUUUUGCAAAGCUGGAAGAAUGGCUUGAGAAGCUAAAGAUGCACUUGAAUAUGCGCUUCCUGCUGGUCUCAGAACUGGAGCAGAUCCAUCUAGACUUCUGGCAGAAGCAUCCACCUGUUGAGAACCAGCUGCCCACUCAUCGAGAGCAGCCCGAAUAGCCAAUGAGGAUCUGAUCUCAUGGUGUUCAUUCCCAACGUUGCGAAAAACCUGCUGCAUAAGGACGGCUUGGGCAUUGGGCAUUGGUGCCAUUCCAUGCUAUUGGACUGGCAUUUGUUGAAGUUCUCACCAUAACUGGAGGUUCAUAGUAGGAUUUGGAGAGCACAGUCGAUGUGGAUUUGGUGGGUUUUGAUAACAACAUGGAAGAAUUCAUUUUCCUUCCUCCUGAAAUUCAGGGCAUCAUUCCUCUACUGUCACUUUAGCUUCUCAAGUGUCUCAUCAGAGUUAUUGACAUCCAGCAUACACAUUCUAACUGAAUAAUUGAUGUCAUGGAUAGUUAUGAAAUGGUAUAUACAUCUACUUUUCAUUCAAACUGUGUAAAAAGGACCAAUUUUCUAGAGGCACCAUAUUCUGCAAGUCAAACAAGAAAGUAGUGCAUGUGUGUAAAUAGUCUUUUCUUCUGCCCUGCUUGUUGUUUGGCGGUGGAUACAAGACAAAAUGGACUCCGUUGAGAUGAAAGCAUGUGUACAAAAUGCUUCCUUUAGUUUUGUCUUUCAAUCCAUGUAGCUUUGACAAUGUUUUGUCUACAACAGGGGUGUCAAACUCAUUUUAAGUAACUGGCCACAUUAUACUUAGUCCAAAGUCAAGUGAAUACCACAUCAAUAACUCCUCCUAAAUGUAUGAGUUUAUCAGCAUUUCUCUGAAUGGUACAAUCUGAAUACAUUAUGAUACAUAUUUCACAUACAAAAUAGAUAAACAGAUGGCAAUUCAUUACAAAACCCCACAUUUUCCAAAUUAUGGUUUUACCAUACUGUGCCUUGCAGAAGUAUUUAUUAUCCUUCAUAAAAUUUAUUUUUAGUCAACCUAAUAAUAUUGAAUUUGUUGGGAGGAGGGGGAUCAAUAUAGUGUUUUUUUUUUUUUUUUUUUCUUUUACAAAGAAAAACUGUGAUUGUGUAAGUGUUCACCUUAAUUGCUAUGAAACUCCUAAAUGACAUUAUUUUGAAAGAGUCAUGGUUACAGUGUCAAAUUUUUAGCUUGCUAAUGAAGAAUUACAUAUCAUUAGCACAUUUUGACGGUAGCUAAAUUUAUGGCCCUGAGUUUAUCGCAGUAUUUUGCCCCCUAAUUAAAUAAAAAAAGACUAGCUCUUUUUUUUUCUUUUUUUUUUACUGUCCACAGGAUGAUUUUAAAAUCCAUGUUUUAAGUUAAAUUCAUUUGUUGGGCCAUAUUAGGGUCAAACCCAGCUAUAUGUAUGACACCCCUGAUCUAAAACAAGGUACACUCUUCUCUUGGUACAUGACACCUCUGCACCCUUAAGGUGAGACCCUAAGCCCAAAACAUAGUGUAUAUACCUAAUCAGAUUACAUAUUGUACAUGUUUUAGAUAUUGUACAGACAUUAUUUUGUAUACAUUUAUGGCAUUGCCAUAUUUGUAUCAGGCUAUGGGUUGAAAUGAAAGACUGAGAGACUUUCUUUCCAUGCAGAACAGGAGUGAAUGUCCUAUAGGUCUUUCUAUAGGUGCCCAGGGCUUUUUUUUUUUUGUCUGGCUUUCAUGAGUGUUUUAUUUGUUCACACUUACAUCUACUGUAUUUAGGUAGUAGUAUUACACACUGUAACAUUUGGUCUCUCACAAUCAGGUGCAGAAAUAGUGUUCAGUUGAGACAAUGGCAGGUUCACUAUCAUCCAUGUAAACUCUGGUGUAAGAAUGAGGUUGGCAUAAAAAAAAUAUGAAAAGAAAGGAAAUUUGUUCCUACACCACUCUUGUGGUUUUAGUCCAGUGCCACCUCAGUGAUGCUUGCCUGCAUCUCACUAGUGUGUGAAACUCCCUGUGGGAGGCGUCCUGUUUACACGAACUUGCUGCCUGUAAAUAUGUCUGUUUAUGUGGUCAGACCCAGCUAUUUUCCUUGUUUUUCUUCCCCCCUGCCUGUUGGGGUCAGCUACAUGGUGCCUUGGCUGCAUGAGGGUUCCUCCACAAAUUUGGCUAUUCUUCUAACACAGCGAAUGCUGUUUUUCUGGAAGUAAACACAGUGGAGGACUGUGUACAGAUAGGCCAAGAGAUGGGAAAAAAACAAUGUUUAUGUACAGAAACACUGACAAAUUUUGUAUAGAUUUUCCACUGAUUUAAUUUGCACUAAAUACGGAAAUGGCGAUCAAAAGAAAGUGGACGCCUUUUUUCCUUUCCUAAAGGUUACCAACAAAUGGAUCAUGUUCUGAUUCUUAUAUGAAUGCAAGACACUGAUGGUCUUUUUAUAAAAACGUCAGUCCUGGGAAACAUUUAUUCUCAGUAGCAAAUAAGUGUGAGAGACCUUGCAAGAGAUGUGUGUGUAUAUAUUGUCCAUAUGUGAGGCAUCUACUGCACAUGACUCAUUACAUUCAUUCAAGACAGCAAGAAAUCUCUUUACACUUUCUGUCAUUCUCCUUGAUGCGUUACUAUAAAGUCACGUGAAGGGAGAUUGUAGGCCAGCUAUAUUUUUCAGUUAAUCGAUUAUAUUCUAUAUACUUAUUUUUGCUGAAAGCUAUGAAAGCCAUAUUUUCCCUAGAUGGGACUCGGCAUCACAUUGUAAUAAGCCAGAGUGUGUCAAAAUGCUCACACUACAUGUACAAUAUUGUAGAGAAAUAAAUUAUGAAAUAAUCAUAAACAUACAUUUCUGGGUAAAUUAUGUGGCUGUUUUAAUACAUCUUGAUGGUAUUUCAGUACUUAAAUUGUAAGCAUUUCUUCCAAGUUUGAUACACAGGGGUUUGGAGCUCACGGGCUCUCUGCUGUCUAAAGAAAGAUCCUUUGUGAAAGAUGUUAUGUUUUGUAACAACUGCUUAAUCAUGCAAUGUCAUUUUCACUGAAUGCUGCUUCAUCUCCAUUGAAAGCAAUGUCCUAGUCUAGUAUUGAACCUUGAUAGUCUAGCUCAGGGCAUCAUUACUGAGAAAAAAAAAACAAGUUCUUACUGAUAUUAGUAUUCCACUUAAAGUACAGUGAAAAUCCCAAUGUGCACGCUUGGCUCUUGAACAAUACACAGUAUAUACAGCAAAGUGUACAUUUUGAUCCAUGUGAAACAUGUAUGGACAUGUAACCUGGAUGUGUUUCCACCUUUAUGUCAAGCAUGAUAACUGUGAGCUUUUAUGUGUGAAUGCUGCAGCAGUCCUUCUUUGCAAAGGAUCGUUUUACCUCUGAAUAUUGCUGUGCCUUUGUUUUAAGCUAGCCUUGCCAACGAAUUGUAGAGCAUUUUGAAUUUUCCUUUUUUUUUUCCUUUUCUGUUGAGAUGAGACUUCCUGUUGCUUUCUAUAUUUAUGCUGUAUUCUCCAUAUAUUCAUUGUCCAGUUUGGUAUAUAGUUUUAUGACUUUUUUUUUUUUCUUCUUUUAAUUUAACAGUCAUACACAAGCUGUGAAAAAAAACAAACAUAUUCUGCACUUUAAAAUUCUGGCCAUGAAAAUUGAGAAUCCAAGGAGUCGAUUAUAUUUGAUUGCAGCUGGAAUAAAACUGCCGCUCCUUAACAAUUAA